AUGUUCUCCAAGACUACCAUCGUCGCCUUUCUCACUUCUUUGGCCCUCACCUCGGCCGCUCCCGCUGAUGAAAUCUCUGCCCGCCAGGCACCAGCCGAGAUUGCUCCCACCACCGUCAUCGGCCACGCUCUCGCUGACGCCUGGGACAACUACUGCUCUGCCCCUACUUCCUACGGCUAUAUCGCCCGCAACGUCUGGAACGGUCAGGAGUAUGGCCAGACCACCCUCUUCACCUUCACCUACCCCGCCGCGUCGGCUGGCAAGCAGUGCUGGCUCGACUUCUACCACGCUCAGCCCAGCUGGAUCUCCAACACCAACGGCAUCCAAGUCGACGUCUUCACCUCUUGGGGCGAGAACACCUGCAACGCCGGCGACAAGUCCAACAAGCGUGACGCCAACCUUGGUCGCCUCAACGUUCCGGCUACUGGCGCGGCUACCUGGGCGGCCAAGUACAGCACUUCUUUGACUCAGAAGGGUCCUUGCAAGGCUCCUGGCUCUGUGGAGAGGCUCGAGUUGGUGGCUGUCGGGGAUAACACUGGACUUUCUUACCCUCAGGGCCCUGGUGCUGGGUUGAGGAUCCUGUACGCCUAA